GCUCCUUCUUCGUCGUCAUCGUCUCUCUCGCCAUCUUCUUCGACGACGCGACCACUUCUCGCGAUCUCCUUCCAGCUAAGGCCUGUUGUUAUUGGGUUCCGGUUGUCUCCGACGCGACAGCGGGAAGGAUGAAGUUCGGGGAGACGUUUAUGGAGUAUCUGCAUGGGGAGCAGGAGCGGUUUCUGGGCAGGUGCUCUCAUGUCGAGUACAAGCGGCUGAAGAAGGUCCUCAAGAGGUGCCGCACCUGCAAAUCGUUGCACCGGCCUUGUGACGCGGGGCAAGGAGAGGAGGAGGCCGAUGGGUCGCUGCAGCUGUGCCGAUGUGAAGCUUGUCCGGUGUGUGAUGAGAUGUUUUUCUCUGAGUUGAUGAAGGAAGCUUCAGAAAUAGCAGGAUGCUUUAAUUCAAGAGUUAGACAUCUUCUCCAUCUUCUUGUUGCAACUGGGAUUCAGAGGUACAUACAGUGCUUUAGUCCAUGUUUUAAGGGCCAUCAACAACUCCUGUUAGAAGAAGGAAGAAUGUUGAUGGAAUAUGUCACUAUGAAUGCAAUUGCUAUCAGAAAAAUUCUCAAGAAGUAUGACAAGGUUCAUGGCUCUGUCAAUGGGGAGCAUUUUAGAUCUAAGAUGCGGGCCGAGCAUAUAGAGCUCUUGCAGUCACCAUGGCUAAUAGAACUGGGAGCUUUCUAUUUAAAUUCCAGAGGAUUAGACGCUGAAGAGUGUGCUGAGUGUUCUACUCAGUUUUCAUUUCAUUUUGAUGAGACAAAGUCUGCUCUGAUAAUGUCACUUGCAGGUUCUAUAAAGCUAGAAUAUGAUCUGACUUGCGCUAUUUGCCUGGACACUGUUUUUAACCCAUAUGCACUUAGCUGUGGUCAUCUUUUUUGCAAGUCAUGUGCCUGCUCUGCAGCAUCUGUGAUGAUCUUUGAAGGACUUAAGGCGGCAAGUGAGGAUGCCAAAUGUCCAGUGUGUAGAGAGGCUGGAGUCUAUGGUAAUUCUGUGCAUAUGUCAGUGCUAAAUCUGCUCUUGAAGAAAAGGUGCAAGGAAUACUGGGAGGAGAGGUCAGGCGCCGAACGCGAUGAGAUGCUGAAACAGUCUAAAGAGUAUUGGGAUAGGCAAACGAAGCAUAUGAUUGGAUAUAUUUAAGGAUGCCGGAUAGACAGCGCGCGAGGAACAGGGCAUUAAACUUUUGUGGACAGAACAUUAUGUCCUUGCAUUUGAAAUUCCUGACAUGGUUGAACAGGGUGAAGUUUUUAUCAGUUGUAGCAUUUAUGAGGAAGUUCAGUAUCGGCUGGGAUUCGAGGUU